AACGCUACAGCAGGACGGGACGGAGGUCGAAAUGGAAGAGAAUUCGUUUGCGGAUGAAGGCGUCGACGUCAUGAAGUUUACUCCUUGCAGUGUGUGUGGCAGAACGUUUCGUCCAGAUGUGUUGCAACGUCAUAUGCAAAUCUGCUCACAAGUGAAAGCCAAUUCUCGCAAAAGAUCAGUAUUCAAUUCAUCCAAGCAGAGGGCAUUCGCAAGUGACAUGAUACCGACUCAUCCACCAUCAGCUAAGACAUCAUCAACUCGUUCCUCUAAACCUCCAUCCACACCUUCAAGACGACCCACAACCAGUAAACAAGCACUUCCUGCACAAGCAACCGUUUCCAACAAGACGGGAGACUGGAGGAAGAAGCAUGAAGAAUUUGUUUCCACUAUCCGUGCUGCGAGGGAAGUAACUCGUGCAUUGAAAACUGGAGGUCCUUUGCCUCCUCCACCACCACCUGCUGAGAAUCCAGAUUAUGUGACGUGUCCGCACUGUAUGAGGAGAUUUAAUGAGGAUGCCGCCAAGAGGCAUAUUCCGUUUUGUAAAGAACAGUCAAUACGACUGAGGAAGGUGCCGACGAAGGAGGCUGUAGAUAAGUUGGCACGUCGGAUACAGUACAAAGCUCCUCUUCCUCGGAAUCGAACAAACUCUGCAUCGUCCCUCAAUAAUCCUCUCGUUGCUUCGAUGUCCACAACUCCAUUUAAUGCUCUUGCACCAAGUAUGCCAAAGGCCCCUCAUCCUCCUUCAGGACGCAAACCGGAGUCGAAGCGUUUCUCUGCAAAUACAAGAGAGCCGUCGGCACACCGACUUGCAAGUCGGACAAGCACUAGUGGAGUAAGUAGUGGGAGUCAACUGUCGAGUCCAAGAUAUAGUGGUGACAUUGAUCACGUGACUGGAUUUCAGUCUAGGAAACAGACUAGUAGCCAUAAGGAUCAGGAUGCUAGAUCUCAAAGGAAUGCAGCAACAGGAGUGGCCGCGUCAUUGUCGUUUACGUCAGAGAAACGUCUAACAAAUCAAAGACUUCAGCAGCGACAUAGAAGAUUAAGGAGUUCAUCUUGUGAGUCAUCCGAGAUGGAUGCAACAUCACUGCCGUCAAGAGGCAGCGAAGUUGAUUCCCUUGAUAUGACUCCUGCACCGCCAUCAAUGCCACACGAUCUCAAUAGACGAUCAAAGCAGAGGCAAUUAGUUCGACAGUCAACAAUUCGGUCGUCGUCUCAACAGUCAGAAUUCUCAUCAAGGCCAAUCACAAGUGCAGUGAAAGGAGAAACAUCGUUCCAGUCAAAGUACUGCUACGAGUGUGGUACAAAGUAUCCAGUACCUUAUGCAAAAUAUUGUUGCGAAUGCGGUACAAAGCGUAUAUAACAA